AAAGGGGAUAAUGUUACACUUAUGCAAGCAAACGUGAUGGGAGCGAAGGUAAAGUCAUCCAUCUUCAAGGUUUUCUAUAAAAGACUGAGUGCACAAUUUUCAUACUUUUUAAAUAAUUUUUAUUGUUCAUUAAUUAUAAUUUUUGUAGAUAGAAUUCGUAAUUUCGAUGGUUGUCAACGACAGAUUAUUGGUCCUAAUGCUACUCUUGGGAUAUUCGUUCUCUGGCCUCAACAAUAUCUCAGUAUUCCUGGCUAUAUUUUUGAUCACUUUUGUGGUACUGCGCUUCUGUGCUUUUGUACAACAAUCAUCACUGAUUCUGGCAACAGAAUUCCUAAAGUAGCACAACCGUUUUUUGUCGCUUUAACAGUUAUUUUAAUUGGAUUAGCUGCUAGUCUAAAUUAA